CGACGAAUUCUAUUUUUCCACAUUUUCUCUUUAAUUUGGUGUUUACACCAAAGAUUUAUGCCUUACUCUUAAUAUAAUUAAUUUAAUCGUUGAAACACUCGAUAUUUUGUAUGAUGUUUGGGCAUUUUACGAGUUGAUCGUCUACAUAGCCAACAUUAUGUCAUGUCAUUUGCUUCCAUGCAUUCAGCUGAUUGAUGUUUGUGGACUCCAGGAAUACUUAUUUCCAGAUCUUAGAGGCUCAAUAAAAUCAAAUGUGAAACAGAAAAACAAAGAUACUGCAGAAAAGGAAGAGGCAGAUGGCUGGGAUGAGGACUGGGAUGAUUGGGAAGAGGAUGCCGAAGAAGGGUCAAGGGAAACAACUCCGGACACUGAUCAGGAAGGGGAGGCAACUUCAGAGGCCCACCGCUGGCUCCAGGAAUGUCUUGUAUCAGUUUCACCAGCAGCUGAUCUCAUAGCUGUCGCCAGGAAAGACAAAUUGGUGCUUCUGUCACCAAAGUACAAUGCUGACAGCCGAAAUGAAGAGGUGAUGUCACAGUACCAUACUGUCUGGUCAGGCUCAGUGGUUCAUAAUUCAGAGGAACAGGUGACAGCAGUUAUGUGCCUUCCUCUUGCCUCCCAGAAGAGAAGCACCCAGGGCGGGCCAGACUGGACAUGUGUGCUGUUGGGCUUCUCCAGUGGUUUCCUCAGAUUCUAUACAGAGACUGGAACCCUGCUUCUGUCCCAGAAAUUGCAUAAUGAACCAGUCCAGAAGUUGAAAUGUAACACAUACACACCCAAACGAUACCUCGGUAUUGCUGAACAGCAUGAAGAGUUGGUGAUUCUGUACAAGCGUGUGCUGGUCACCAUAGACGGCUUCAGUCUCUACCAGGCAUUGAAGGCCUGCAGGAACCAAGUCGCUAGAGCAACAGCAAGUGGUGAGACUAGCCUGCAGCCUCCACCCCUGGCGUACAAGAAGUGGGCCCCUCAAGACAUGGAGUCUGUCAGUGAUACACACACCACAGGAAUGCACACCCCAAACCCCUUUGACCAGAUGGUUUUAGCAUCAUUGAACUCCCACACAAGUGCUAUACGGACCAACCCUCCUGCUGCCUCCAUCUACCUGAUGGUUGGGGUUGGGCCUUACACAGGAUUCUUUUAUGCCAUUGAGGGUAGCAGUCAACCCAUACUGUCUGAGGUGGCAUUUGCAGUUGCCAGUAAACUCAAGUCUGCUAUCAUGUCGGCUGCCAGUGGCUGGUUGACAUUUGGUUCAAAGAGCAAGGCUGAGGGUGCUGGGGAGAAGCAACCAAAGAUCGAACCUGCCACUCCACUGCCCCUAAAGUUCGGCUUGCCUGAUCAGCGAAGGGCAGGACUAUGUGUAAGUCUGUCUCCGAACAACACCUACGCUGCCACCACAGACAGUUUCGGUAGGGUAAUACUCAUAGAUGUCGCUCAAGGUGUCGCUGCAAGGAUGUGGAAAGGUUACCGUGAUGCCCAGGUGGGGUGGGUGGAGGUAAGGGAGGAGGAAGGUCCCCAUUCUGCCAGCAGACAGUCCCGUAGUGCUCAGUUCCUUGUUAUUUAUGCUGCUCGCAGGGGUAUACUUGAGAUAUGGUUGGCGGGGAACGGCCCACGUGUGGCAGCCUUCAAUGUGAGCAAACACUGUCAGCUUGUGUCUAUAUCGCACGGGAUUCUCGGGCUUAACAACGUCACAUGCAAGGGCGUGCGUAUCAAGGCUUUCCAGGUUGCCCUCAUUGAGCCGAAUGGUACACUGAAGACAGUACAGGUGCCCUUUCACCUGGCUCUAAGUGACAGAAACAAUAAGAGGGUCAGGGACAUGCAUCUGCUCAAGAAACUAAAACAAGUACUCAAGGAGAACACUGAACAGUCAGAAUCGCUCAAUGCGCAAGUAAGAGACCUUCUCCUGAACAUACGGAUACCCAGUAUUGCUCAACAGGGUGUGGACAAAGUUCUAAACACAUCAUAUCUCGACCCAGAUUUCAUGGAAGGCAUCCUAAAAGCCUGUACGAAAAGACUCAAAGUUGCAGGAGAGGAUGAGGGGAAUAUAGAGCGACGCCUGUUUCUGCAGUACUGCCACCUGCAGGAGACACUUAUCCACACAUAUCGCGAGAUCAGACAUCUGAAGUCAUCCAAAGCUGCACCUACAACUGACACACAGAGCCUAGCUGACUUGCUCGGCCUGCAGGAGAGUGAGGCAGAGCACCUGUCAUCCCUGGUGGACCGUUACCUCGGUGUUGCUGGGGCCGGCAGGUCCGGUGCCCAUGUGCAUUUCCAGGAUGAUAUGGUGACCAGUGCGGCAACGUUCCUUGCAUGUUUUACAUGUACACCCCAUACAACAGAUACAGGUUCUGCUGGGGCCAUAAGCCUGUCUAAAGAUCUUCCAGAUGAGAAGAAGUUAGAACUAGGUAGUUUCCUGUUUGAGAGCUGCGUCAAGUACCAGGGUUCCCCAAGUGAUGUGUGUGCUGUGAUCAAAAAUAGCGGAGUCCCUCUCACAGAUAUAGGGCACCUGUUAAUGUGGACCUGGGUGAGUGAAGCAGGCAGGACAGUUGACCAGCUGCCUGGACUUUACAAUCUGCUCAAGAUCAUCUCUUCUAACAUCGAUGCAGAUGUAAUGGCAUCAAGCUCAGAUCAAGAGUCCUCCUGGUGGCAUGGUUUACGAGAAAUGUGUAGCCAUUCUUCCCUCUGCCUCUCAUCCUAUUUGGGCUCUAUGGUUUCCAAGGCUGUUGCCAUGGAAAUGUUGGGACUGGCCCCUAAAACUGAGAAUAGGGACCAGGAUCUUGCGGCAAAGGACCCAGAUGCUGACACUAUAAGUAUGUGUGAAACCCCUUCACCGGUUGUUGAGAAAUCUCCAAGUCCUACUGAGGAAAUGGCAGAAAGCACUCCGGUUGACAUAGAGGCUUGGAAUUUGCUUUGCAAGCAGCUGGAAGAUCUGACUGAUAUAGACUGCUUCCUGAAGCUCAGUUCUUCAGAACAUAUGCAAGUUGUGAACCAGUCAGAAGAAUUGAAAGUAAACGUGGCUGCUAUGCUUGAUGGAGGAAAAGGGUGUAUCAGCGAGAUAGUUGCCCGGCACAUAGCGAGGGUUGGUUACCUGCCACAGGACCUCUACAAACCACUUCAAGAGGAACAAGCAGGUCAAGCCGGGGACAAGACCUACUCUGCCAGUGAACAAGCUGUCCUUGAUGCCAUGGACAGUCUACGGCGGAGAUUCCCUCAUAGUUUGGAGAAUGACACACUAUUCAGUAACUGUUGUUGGGAGUAUGCUGUCCUUUGGAAUAAACUGCCGGAGGAGGUUAAUAAUUUCAAAGUGGCCUUGGACUAUCUUCGUCUAAUCCAGAAUGCCAUGUUACGACAAGGUGUGUGUAGUUUGAUGUGGCACAUGUUUACGGGGAAAAAGUUCCAGGCUACUGCUCAACUCAUGGAGAAAGUUGGAAAGGUCCCAAAGGAUAGACUUUGUCGCAAGGAGAUAGGGAUCAGUGAGGUGCGACUGGGCCUGUUUGUGGGCGGGGUCGUCGACUUCCUGUCCAUUGUCAUGGACGCCAACUGUGAGACGAAUGAAGUGCCUGUCUUCAACCUGGAACAAAUCUGGGCACAGGUGAAAGGCAGUGUAUCCCUUGUGGAACUUGCCAUUGACCAGAAGGGGACCAACUACGGCCUGCUGACUGUAUUUCAUCAGUUGGCAACGCUCAUGCAAGCUGUGAUAACAUUCAACAUGAAACCUGUCAAGGUUCUUUCUCUGUUCGACUCAAAGGGUCGGCAUUCCCUGAGCCAGGAUCUGCACAACCACCCACUGUUACCUAACACCAACAUCGACUCCUCUAUCACCGUACAGAGAAAACAGUUCAUGACCCGAGUGAUAACCCAGGCUGUUAUAAAGAUGCGAGAGUCCUGUCCCCUGACUUCUGCCAUGGAAUCUGGUUCCCCACCCAACACGACAACAUCCAAACUCAGGCUGAGUGAAGCUGGGCGCUGGCCUGAGGUCAUAAUGACUCUGGCAGAUCAGUCUGGACAAGAUGUGGACUACUUCAAGAGGCAUUAUGUCUGUGAGCUCUACUCCGCUGGUUUUGACAGGCUAGCAGACGAGGUGUUGGUGACAGUGAAUGAACGUGAACCACUCGGGACACAACUGCUGACCAUUGCUGGCCAGAGGGUGGCAUACAAACUGUCAGUGAUGGAUGCCCAGAUGGUCGUAGAUCUUAUGUCCAAUGUUAACCCUGCCCUGUCCACUUGGCUCAAGUCUAUGAACUGGGCGCUCCUGCUGCAAGCGGAAGUUGACAAUGCUGACAUUGCAUCCUUGGUACGGCACAGUGUUUCCCUGCUACCGGAGGGACACCAGCAGUAUGAGCUAGCUGCUGCAUUGGACACCCUAACAUGUGUUUUGUGAUACCUCGGAAAAUAGUGGUCUUGCUGCCUCUCUAUGAGCUAGCUUGUUAUGUGUACUCAUAACCCUUGGAUUAGCGGAUGUGACUUGAAUGUACAGUUUAUGCCUGGUGAAAAUGAACUUGAGUCACAUAAAACAGAUCCGAUUGGUUCAUUUGAUCUAUAAUACAGCUUACACUUCCUUUAGUAAAUCAAGUACAGUUUACACUUGGUUAAGUUGAACAUAAGUACAGCUUACCAAGCUUGGUCAAGUUGAUUUUCAGACUUAAAUACCGCUUACGCUUGGUUAAGAUAAUCUUAUAUAUGGCUUACACUUGGUCAAGUUGAUCUUACGUACAGCUAGUACUAGGUAAGGUUUACCUGGCUUAAUCAUGUUUAAGAUUGCACUUAUAUUUGUGCAUGUAUUUUCUAUGUUGACCAUAAAUGAAUACUGAAAUACUUGUACACAUUCUUUAAACCUUUGUCUUUAUGCUCUGCAAACUACCCUUCACCAAAAAAUAUGCAUUUUACCAAAAUGCGCUUAUGUGAAAUGUGCUUAAAAUGCAGAAGAAAUGGACUUUGAAUGCAGAAAAAUGCGCUUAAGUGCACAAAAGUGCUUUUUGUCCGAAAUAAAUAUGCUUUUAGUGAGUAAAUGCGCUUCAGACACAAAAAGUGCACUUUUUUCUAGUUUUAAAUUCACUUGAUGGGAAAGAAUACUCAAUACAGUGCCAAUAUGGCUGUGUUUAAUGCAGAUAAAUGUGCAUUUGAUGCGUUAAAUAUCGUUUCAGUGUGCAGAAUACUAUUAUAUGUAUUGUUAUUCCCAAAAAUAGGUGGCAUGUGGAACACACAUAAUCCAUGUAAGCCACUUGACCUCUACAUAUAUGACUUAGUCUUCUACACUUAUAGCUUACACAUAGCUAUUCUGAAAAUAAUGUGUGAUUUAUGUUUUUUUAUGAGACAGGUUGUAAAGUUAAUAGUCUGCCAGCCUUUGUGAACUUGGCUUUGGUGUGACAUUGAAUGCAAAACUACUCAACAGGUCAAUAUAAUUACUUUUUCUAUAUCCAGAAUUUGAGCGGUAGAAAUGAACUAAGAAAGUUCCUCUCAUUGUAUAUAAUACAUAUGACAUUAAAGUCAGCAACAGUAAGCAUACAGAGAAAAAUGACCAAAUAUUAAAUUAUCAGUCCGUAUUUGGUUUGGCAUCAGAUGUUAUAUAAGGGAACCGUUAGCAGUCUUUUCAUAUCUAGCAUGUCCUUACAAAGGAAAUAAUUAUUAUUUGCGAUGGAAAUUCAGAGAUAACUUGACGUCAUUAGUAUCUCGAGAGCAAUAAAUUGUUGGUGUUUCAAAGCGUUGUUUUCAUGGAAGAAUAAAUGUUAACAUAAUUUGUUUUAUUAUAGAAACGUGUGGCUUUAGAGACAUCUGCUAAUUCUAUACCUGUUUUCACAAAAGUACUCAAGUCGCAAAACUAAUUAAACAAAGACCUUCCAGCUACCAUGCCAUUAACUUAAAACCAACACUUUUUGUUUAUUUGGUAAUUGUUUUGUUUUGUUCUGUAUUUUCUAUGCAAAAUUCUUGCCCUGCAAUUUUCAACUUAUUUUGACUUGUUUUCAUAUGUUCAUAAAUAAUAAUUAUAUUGUAAAACAUGACCAGAAUUUACAGUAUGAAACUGUUUUUUAUAUGCAUACUGAAUACAAUUUCUUCGUCUUCUAUGCAACGAUAUGAUUGAUGUACAUUUUGCUUUGGAAUUUGUUCAAGAAUGCUUGUUUAAGAAUAUUCAAAGUUCAUCGCAUGCUAGGUGUUUAUUUAUUAUCGCUUUAGGAAUUGAUUCUGUGCAAUAUUUUAUGUUUUAUUUUUGAGUCAAAUAUUAAUGUGGACUAUAAUUGAAAUAAUGAAAUUGUUCUGAUUUUGAAUAAUAAAAAUAUAAUGAAAAUGUUUGUUGAUUGAAAUUGAAAAUAAUAAAGAAAAACU